AUGCCGUUAUUUGCCGUUACGCUAUAUGAAUUCAAUGCUGAAAGAGAUGACGAGCUAGACGUUAGUCCUGGUGAAAAUCUAACCAUUUGCGCCCAUUAUGAUUAUGAGUGGUUUAUCGCUAAACCAAUUAACAGACUAGGCGGACCAGGGUUGGUGCCGGUGUCAUAUGUCAAGGUUAUAGAUCUAAUGAACCCGGCAAAGUAUGCUUCUACAGAUACUUAUGACCGAGAACAAGUGAUCAAGAUCAUUGACGAGUUCAAGAUCCCCACAGUGGAAGAAUGGAAAGACCAAACCAAAAAGUACGAAGCUUCAAGUAUCAAUAUCGGCAAUACCAGUACCAGAUCUUCAUCCUCAAACCAAUCUUCAAGAAACUCAAUCUGGAUUGAAAAAUGCAAUGUUUCUUCUUACCAACUAUACGAUGGACGAUAUCAAUACCUCAUCACGGCGAAAUUAUCAAAUGGCAAAACGAGGCAGUUGUAUCGAUAUUAUCAAGAUUUUUACGAUUUGCAAGUCAAAUUAUUGGAGUUAUUCCCAUAUGAAGCGGGCAAAAUCGAAAACUCCAAGAGGACUAUUCCAUCUAUACCGGGGCCCUUGAUUAAUGUCAAUGACUCAAUAUCGAAACUAAGGAGGGAGAAGCUAGAUUUUUAUUUAUCCAACUUGAUAGCGUUACCAACACAUAUAUCACGCUGCCACGAAGUCUUGAAUUUAUUCGAGGUUUUGAAUAAUGGGUUUGAUUCAGAGCUGGACAGUAAAAGAGCAUCUAAACCCAUUAGUCAAAUAUCCAACUCCCACCAGGAUAGAUUAUCUCAAUAUCGAGGAGGAGAAACCGAGUCAAUUAAUAACAGUAAUAGUAGUAAUAAUAACAAUAACAAUACCAAUACCAACACCAACAGUUAUAGUUACAGUAACAGUACCAACAGUAGCAAACAAAUAUCAAAAGUAAAAGUGAAAUUUUACUACCAAGAUGACAUUUUUGCAUUAUUAUUACCAACAAACUUACGAUUACAAGACUUGAAAACAAAACUAUUCAAAAGAUUGGAACUAGAUGAUAUUACACAACAUAAUUUUACUACACCAAAGACAACAGAUUCAAUACGAUUGUUCUUAAGAAAUGAUUAUGAGGACUUUCUUCACGAGAACAAUAUAACAGAAAUUGACUUUAACUUACACGGCUCAAGAUUAAUAGAGUUUGAAGUAGACGAUGACUUCAAGUUCCAUGAAGUUUUGUUUGACAAGUGUAAAUUGAUUAUUACAGUAGUUUGA